AAGACGCUAUUUGUGGGGAAAAUUUUGCAAAAAGAAAACAAAACCUAAGCGGCCAGAAUGUUAGCGCUAAUAAACAGAAUCCUAGACUGGUUUAAGAGUAUCUUCUGGAAAGAGGAGAUGGAGCUUACGCUUGUCGGCUUACAGUUUUCUGGCAAAACGACGUUCGUCAAUGUUAUUGCAUCUGGUCAAUUUGCUGAAGAUAUGAUACCCACAGUCGGCUUCAAUAUGAGAAAAAUCACUAAAGGCAAUGUGACGAUCAAAGUGUGGGACAUUGGUGGUCAACCCCGGUUCCGUUCGAUGUGGGAACGCUAUUGUCGUGGCGUCAAUGCAAUCGUCUAUAUGGUCGAUGCAGCCGAUUUGGAGAAAAUGGAAGCCUCACGCAAUGAGUUGCACUCGCUGCUGGACAAACCACAGCUGAAUGGCAUUCCAGUGCUCGUAUUGGGCAACAAACGUGAUCUUCCAGGUGCGCUCGAUGAAACCGGCCUAAUUGAGAGAAUGAAUCUGUCGAGUAUACAGGAUCGCGAAAUCUGCUGUUAUAGUAUUUCUUGUAAAGAAAAGGAUAAUAUUGACAUAACGUUGCAGUGGUUAAUACAACAUUCGAAAAGCCAAAGCCGUUAGACUAGAAUAACUAACGUAAAUACACACUCAUAUAUAUACACACACGAACACAAAAACAACAUUCAAACGGGCACAUACACACACACACACACAGGAACUAUAUAUGUAAUAAUAACUUUUGCAAGGCGAUGAAACAAUGAUGAGCAAAUCAACUAUUGAGUAGGCUGAUGUAUGAAUUUUAAUAUUUGCUGUAAAACUGUUGUAAUGGCUAGAUAUGUUUGUAUGUAUGCUUGUAUGUAACUUCAACUGAUUUUUUUUCUACUCAUUUAUUCGUAAGUGUGGUAGUCAGUGUGCGAAGUUCGUUUUUGGCGGGUGCUCGUUGUUAAGACAAAAAGUCUCGAAUUUCUAGUUCACAAAAACAAAAAAAAAAAGAUUAACAAAACAAAAUGGAGAACAAAACUGCAAUCGAAAAAUUAUAUAAUGGGAUUCUGUAUUAAGAUUAAGUUUUGUUAAAUUAUUAAGAUGCUUGCAGUCGGAAACACAAAACACACACAAACACGCAAGUUAUCGGUUAUACACUUAUAUUGCAUGUCGUAGCCAAAUUUCGUCGCCCAUCUACACAUAGAGCCUUUCCCCCUGUUUAUUGAUUGUGUCAACUACCUAUAAGCCUAUUUUUAGUGUUUCGUUGGUGUGAUUAGUUCAAAAUUACUAUUUUUAUUUAAAGGAAAUCUAUAUUUGUAUCCAAAUUAUUUAUAUGUAUGUAUAUCAGGUAAUUGCUUUGAGCGAAACAAAUUUCAAAAUCGUUGAUGCCUAAACGCCAUAGAUAAUGAAAUAAUCCAAUAAAAGAUUGAACUUAAAAUUGA